GUUAAUAAGGAAAAAGUGAUCGAAAUCCAGCUCUGCGCCGGAUACUAACACCCAACAUGCGCCACUCGCUGCCUCAAUUCACGCGCUCCCUUAUUUCGUCUUCGUAACAGAAGCAGGGGAGCCGGACAGUGUAGAGAGAAAAACGAAAAAAAAAAAGAAGAAAAAUUGCUAAUCCAAACUAGGGUUAGGGUUUGCCCUAAUCCGGAUAACUAUUUCAACGCUCGAUUCUUCCAACUGAUAAAUCAAAGAUGGGCGCUAAUCCGUCACCAACAGACUCAGCCACCGAUCUCGAUGAGCAGAUCUCGCAGCUCAUGCAGUGUAAGCCACUUUCGGAGGAGCAGGUCAGAGCAUUAUGUGACAAGUCAAAGGAAAUAUUAAUGGGAGAAAGCAAUGUCCAGCCUGUGAAAAGCCCUGUGACAAUUUGUGGUGAUAUUCAUGGGCAGUUUCAUGAUCUUGCAGAACUUUUUCGAAUUGGAGGGAAGUGUCCUGAUACAAACUACUUGUUUAUGGGAGAUUACGUAGAUCGUGGGUACUAUUCUGUUGAAACUGUUACGCUAUUGGUGGCUUUAAAAGUCCGUUACCCACAGCGGAUUACCAUUCUCAGAGGAAAUCAUGAAAGCCGCCAGAUCACUCAAGUUUAUGGGUUUUAUGAUGAAUGUCUGCGAAAGUAUGGCAAUGCUAACGUUUGGAAGAUCUUUACAGACCUUUUUGACUAUUUUCCAUUAACUGCUUUGGUGGAGUCUGAAAUAUUUUGUCUGCAUGGUGGAUUGUCCCCUUCAAUUGAAACCCUGGAUAAUAUAAGAAACUUUGAUCGUGUUCAAGAGGUUCCCCAUGAAGGGCCCAUGUGUGAUUUAUUGUGGUCUGAUCCAGAUGAUCGAUGUGGUUGGGGUAUCUCACCACGUGGUGCUGGGUAUACUUUUGGUCAGGAUAUAUCUGAACAAUUCAAUCACAUGAACAACUUAAAAUUGAUUGCUAGAGCUCAUCAGCUGGUUAUGGAUGGAUUUAACUGGGCACAUGAACAAAAGGUGGUUACUAUAUUUAGUGCCCCUAAUUAUUGUUAUCGCUGUGGGAACAUGGCUUCUAUCUUGGAAGUUGAUGAUUGCAAGAGUCACACAUUCAUCCAGUUUGAGCCAGCUCCAAGGAGAGGAGAACCUGAUGUUACUCGUAGAACGCCUGAUUACUUCCUCUGAAGCAGCUAUGCCAUAACUGAUUCAAGAUACUCUACUUUUCCUCCUCUCCUCCAACCUUUUACAUAGUCAGGUAGUUGCAGAUCUUUUGACAGAAGUCUGUUGCAUCUACUACAUGCCAUUUUUCUUUUUGGUGAUGGUAAGCACCAAAAGCAGGUAUAUUAGGAUAGAAAGAUGGCCUUUAAUCUAUCUUACACUUGGAUAUUCUGUCAAAGAGAUUGAAUAGCUGAUGAACUGACACUACCAGAAUGUAUUAAUUAUGUAGAUUUUUGUGUUUGUUUUCGAUUUCUGUUUUCUCUUUUUUUUUUUGGGUUCAUCCUAUCUUUUUGAGCUCGUUACCGGAGAUGGAAAUGUUCAAUUUUUAGUGGUGUUUUAACUUUUUCUUUUACCACUGACUCAAAUGGUGAUAGUUCCCAGCUAUUCUGUUUUUAUAUCAUGCCUCAGCAGUUAAAUGGUAUCAAGCCGUUAACCGGUUGAGGCAGAUGGUACUAGAAAUUUAAAUUUUGAUUCUUUUAAGGUUACAGGCUUAGGAAGGGCAUUACAAAUUAUUGGCAAACGAGAAAGAUUAUUAUAGGUAAUUGACAAGAGAAAGCAAAGACAAACAAAGGAAGAUUUCAAGUAUUGCAAAAUGGCAGAUUAAAAGGAAGAUACUAAUCAUUUUUAAGCCCGUGGGGUGUUUAGUUUGUGAUUUGAUACAUACCCCAUGUGUUACAUAAUAUCUCAUCGUAAUAUUUCUGUAUUUCUGCGUUUCUCCAAAAAAAUUAAACUUUAAAUUGGACUAGAUUAGAGAUGAUUUUUCAUUCCAUUUUUUAGGGAUACAUGAUUAUAUAUAGCAAGAGACAGUGUCUCUCUCAAUCUCAUAAAUCCCCAACUUUCUUGGACUUACCAAUGCGACCAUUUCAUUAACAUAUGCAAAAUUGGAGAAUGGGUGGAUGAGUUAUUGGUUUAAUGACAAGUAUUUAGUGACAAAGAAGAGAUCUAGGACUUUAAGUUCU